UCAGAUGUCUUACACCCUUUUGGUUUUAAAGUAAAACAAAACCCUGCCAUCAGGUUGAAUAAUGAGGAAUAAUGGGGCAAUUAAGGAUUUUCUUAUAUAAAAUGCAAUAUAGUUAAAAUGUUAAUGUAGUAAACUGGAGGGUAAUAAACUGUGACAACCCUCCCCUCGCAAACGAAAGAUAACACCAUAGAAGGGAUGGGUAGCGCUUGAUUUAUCAGCAGCAUUGGUUGGUAUGUGGUUGAGAAAAAUAGUGUAUUAGUGUGUUAUAGUGGGAUGAAGAGGAUGGGAUGGGGGAAGAAAGAUGACCGAAAAUACAGUCAAAGAGGCUUAGAAAAUGGACGAGCAGCAGUGCUACUUCAACGAGAGCAUCGCCUUUUUUUACAACCGCAGUGGAAAGCCCCUGGCGAAGGAAUGGAAUCCAAUCAGCAAGCUUGUCAUGGGACUAGGCAUCACUGUUUGCAUCUUCAUCAUGCUCGCCAACCUGCUAGUGAUGAUCGCCAUCUAUGUCAACAGGCGCUUCCACUUCCCUAUUUAUUACCUGAUGGCAAACCUAGCGGCCGCUGACUUCUUUGCGGGCUUGGCAUAUUUUUACCUGAUGUUUAACACGGGGCCCAACACACGCAGGCUGACGGUCAGCACGUGGCUGCUCCGCCAGGGUCUGAUAGACACCAGCCUCACUGCCUCAGUGGCCAACCUGCUGGCUAUCGCCAUUGAGCGGCACAUAACCGUCUUCCGAAUGCAGUUGCACACGAGGAUGAGCAACCGGCGAGUUGUGGUGGUCAUCGUGGUGAUAUGGACCGUGGCCAUUGUCAUGGGGGCCAUCCCCAGUGUGGGCUGGAACUGUAUCUGCUACAUCAACAGCUGCUCCACCAUGGCUCCUCUCUACAGCAGCUCCUAUUUGAUAUUUUGGGCCAUUUUCAACCUGGUCACCUUCUUGGUCAUGGUGAUCCUGUACGCGCACAUCUUCGUCUACGUACGCCAGAGGACUAUGCGGAUGUCUCGCCACAGUUCAGGACCUCGCAGGAACAGGGACACGAUGAUGAGCUUACUGAAGACCGUUGCCAUAGUCCUUGGUGCAUUCAUCGUGUGCUGGACUCCAGGCUUGGUUUUGCUGUUACUGGAUGUCUUUUGCUCUAACUGCAACGUCCUGGCUUUUGAGAAGUUCUUCCUCCUGUUGGCCGAGUUCAAUUCCGCAAUGAAUCCCAUCAUCUACUCCUACCGUGACAAGGAGAUGAGUGCCACUUUCAAACAGAUCAUGUGUUGUCAGCGGAACGAGAAUAGCAAUGGGGCAGCAGAGGGCUCUGACCGCUCUGCUUCCUCGGUCAAUCACACCAUCCUUGCUGGGAUACACAAUGACCAUUCAAUGGUAUAACUAGAACAGGAGUAGCAGCUGUCCAGCUGUCCAGACCAAGACUCAAGGGGACAGCCAGAUGUGAAUCAGCUGUGGAGUAGUGCAUGGAACACUGAACAUUAAGUAAAUGUGAAGAGCUAUUCACAUUCUAAGACUGAGCUAAGACAUCCUUGAAAAAUACUUCCGUCUUAACAGGACCAAGUGUAACACUUUCUGUUACAAUACCAGUCGAUGUCUUAGGUUCUUAAUGUUGUUAUUACCUGCUAAACCGCAUAUAGCUGUAGAAAUUAUGCCUUUAAAAAGAAUAAUAAACACAUUUAUCCACACCAUCAGCAUGCUUGUGAUGGACUUUUACCUAGCAGACAGAUUCAACCUUUUAAAGCAUAUAAGUUGUGAAGUUUUCCUAUGAAGUUUGAAGCUCUAAAGGAAUUGCUAACUUAUUUUGGGAUAUACCUGGACAAUAUAUAGAUCCAUAUAAGUCACUUGCAGAAUUGGGACAGUUUGUUUAAUGAAACAAGAUGCACCUAAUUGGAUCCCAAUUCAUUUAACUUAAUUCCAGUUUGGGAUUCACCGUUUGGGGACCUUCACUAUACUUGACGGAGAAGAUGUUGUGAAUCACUGUCUGGUAAUGGUACUUGUGCAUUUUGUGAGGUAGUCUCUAUCAAUAAAAGCCAUUCUAAAUGCAUGCCCAUUGUUGCAAACAAGGUUAACAGCAAUAUUAUAAUGUUUAAAUUGCUGCUAAUUUCACACUGCAUUAUCACAUUGCUGUUUUGCCGCUUUCAAACACAAGUUCAUAAUGUUGAAACAUAGUUUUAAUAUAAUUAGGUGAGCCAACAAAUCCGCUUUAUUUAAUGAGCUCUAACCUUCUGUAACCACAUUACAUGAUGUGGCAAUAUUAUCUGAUUUGUGAUAUCGGAGUAUGAAUGUCACAUUUGAACUUCAAGCUUAGAAACUUUGCUUCGAAAAUCUAGGCAAACUAGUUGGCUUAUGUGCUUUUCAAAAAAAGUUAGUUUUUAAAAGGCUUGUUUUUUUGUUAAUCGAACAGUCUUGCAUGCACAGUGUAUAUUAUGUGUUCCUUAUGGCCAAAGUACUGUAUGUAUGUACUAGCUGUUGCAUUUAGCGAGCCCUUCAGAGUCUGUACUUACUAAUAGUAAGGCAAUGCCAAUGAUUAUUUGGGUGAUAUUGUGAUUUAUAGACUGUUGUGUUGGAUGUUGAUCCACUGUAUGUAGGAGAUCAUGCUCUGAAGCUCUUUAACGAAUUGUAAAAAUUCCUAGUAGCCAAAUGGAGUCUCCUUAAAUAAUGAGUGGCAUAUAUUAAAGGUGUGACCUGGGAAACAGUAAUGACCCAAAUGCAACCCUGUACUUUUGAAUCAACCCACUGCUUAUGUGGGAAGAAAAUGUCUCUCAACAGUUGAUGAAUUUUCUUUUCAUUCAGAUUGUGGAAUGAUUGGUUUAAAAAAAAUUCAA